UCCUGUACAGCGAGAGGGAUUCUCCUCCUGUGGUGUUUUGGUCCAGGCGAGCCCACUCUCAAAAAUGACAGCAAGGAAGUCUGGCUCACGACUGGAGACCGAGAUAGAGCGGUGCCGUUCAGAGAGUCAAUGGGACAAGAUACCGGAGCUAGUACGACAGCUCUCGGCCAAACUCAUAUCAAACGAUGACCUAGGGGAGUUGUUGCUGGGAGAAUGCAAGCUUCAGACGUACCUGAAGGAGAACCCCAUCAAACAGGGGGCCAGUCCCAGGGGCCCGCGACCUAAACUGGUGGAGGUCAGGAAACACCUGACUGCUGCUCUGGACAGAGGGAACCUCAAGGCCGAUUACCUCCAGGAAGCCAGCCUGUUGAUGGCCAAGCUGUGCUAUGUGGAGGGAGAACACCGAGACGCUUUAGGUCACUACAGCAGGGUGAUCCUGGAGGACAUGCAGCUGGGGGGGGCUCCUGUGUACAGGCUGUCCAUGAUAGCAGAGGCGUACGCUACUAAAGGACUGUGCCUGGAGAAGGUCCCGGCCGCCUCUCCGGCUCUGUCCAAUCAGAACACUGGGUCUCCAGCGUCCAAUAGGAGCACAACAGACCGGGAGCAGGAUAUCAUCACCUGCUAUGAAAAGUCUGGAGACAUCGCGCUGCUCUACCUGCAGGAGGCUGAGAAGGCGUUGUCAGCAGGAAUUCAGAACCGCAGCCCGAAGCCUGGCCCGACCGCCCAGGACCUGGAACUGGGCUACUUCCUGGAGACGGGCCUGCAGAGGGCACACGUCAUCCACUUCAAGAACGGCAACCUGACACGAGGCGUGGGCCGUUUUCGGGAGAUUCUCCGAGCUGUGGAGAACAGAACCACCCAGAGCCUGCGCAUGACUAUAGCCAGACAGCUAGCAGAGAUCCUGCUCAGAGGGAUGUGUGAACAGAGUUACUGGUCUCCUCUGGAAGACCCGCCCACCGUGUCGCCAUUGGACGACCCCACACGGCAGGGACACACCAUCAGCAAGAACUACAGCCUGAGCCGACGCGCCCGGGUCUACUCGGGAGAGAAUCUGUUCUGCCCUCAGGAGAACACAGAGGAGGCUCUGCUGCUGCUGCUGAUCAGUGAGUCCAUGGCUAACCGGGACGCCGUCCUCAGCAGGAUCCCUGAACACAACAAUGAUCGCAUCAUCAGCCUGCAGUCGGCCUCGGUGGUGUACGACCUGCUGACCAUCGCUCUGGGCAGGAGGGGGCAGUACGAGAUGCUGUCAGAGUGUCUGGAGAGAGCCAUGAAGUUUGCCUUCGAGGAGUUCCACCUGUGGUACCAGCUCGCUCUGUCGCUAAUGGCUGCUGGGAAAUCAGCGCGGGCCGUUAAAGUCCUGAAGGAGUGCAUCCGUCUGAAGCCCGACGACCCCACCAUCCCACUGCUGGCUGUCAAGCUGUGUAUCGGACCCCUACACUGGCUGGAUGACGGGGAGUGCUUUGCCAACAUUGUGAUUGACAUGGGGGAGAAAGCAGCAGAGUUCAGAGCCAAAGGCUACCUGGCCAUCGGGCUGGUGUACAGCCUGAAAGCCACUGACGCCUCGUUGCGGAGCACGCAGGAGGAGUACCAGAGGAAAGCUUUGGGAGCCUUCCAGAGAGCUCAGAGUCUGUCUCCCACUGACCAUCUCGCAGCCUUCUACCUGGCGCUGCAGCUCGCCGUCUCCAGACAGAUCCCAGAGGCUCUAGGCUACGUCCGACAGGCGCUGCAGCUCCAGGGCGAUGACGUCCACUCCCUCCACCUGCUCGCCCUGCUGCUCUCCGCUCAGAAACACUACCACGACGCGCUCAAUAUCAUAGAGAUGGCUCUGUCCGAGUACCCCGAGAACUUCAAUCUGCUGUACACCAAGGUGAAGCUGGAGUCCAUGUGUAGAGGACCGGAGGAAGCUCUGCUCACCUGCAAACACAUGCUGCAGAUCUGGAAGAGCUUUUACAACCUCACUAACCCCAGUGAUUCGGGCCGUGGCAGCAGUCUUCUGGACAGAGCCAUAGCAGACAGACGGCAGCUCAACGCCAUGACCCUGCCUGACUUCAGCGACCCAGACACAGGCUCAGUUCAUGCUACGUCUAUAGCAGCCAGUCGCGUAGAGCAGGCUCUGUCCGAGGUGGCCUCCUCCCUGCAGAGCAGUGCCCCCAAACACGGACCCAUGCACCCCUGGAUGACCCUGGCUCAGAUCUGGUUGCACGCAGCGGAGGUGUACACCGGCAUGUCGAAGCCGGCUGAAGCCUCGGCCUGCACACAGGAAGCCUCCAACCUCUUCCCCACAUCCCAUAAUGUACUGUACAUGAGGGGGCAGAUCGCAGAGCUCCGGGGGAACAUCGAGGAGGCCAAACGCUGGUACGAAGAGUCGCUGUCCAUCAACCCAACACACGUCAAGACCAUGCAGAGACUGGGUCUGAUCCUCCACCAGCUGCAGCGCUACAGUCUGUCAGAGAAAGUGCUGCGGGACGCUGUGCAGGUCAACAGUACGGCUCAUGAUGUGUGGAACAGUCUGGGGGAGGUGCUGCAGGCUCAGGGGAACGCCGCUGCGGCCACCGAGUGUUUCCUGACCGCGCUGGAGCUGGAGGCCAGCAGCCCCAUCCUGCCCUUCACCAUCAUCCCCCGAGCACUUUGAGAGACACACACACACACACACACACUAAGGCACAAAUGAUGGACCUGCAUGCACUUGCACAAGGUUUUUCUCCUGUACCCUCACUGUAAAUACACACACACUGUAUACAAACUGUAAACAUAAAUAAACAUGUGCGCUUCCCCCUGUCCACAAUGCCUUGCUGUAGCUGUGACCCCUGACCAUGUGUGUGAGGCCAUACAUUGCUUGUGUGUGUGACUGUCUGUGCAUGUCUGUAAUGUGUGCCAACAUGUUCCAUAUUAGUGUCUGGAUGUGUGUGAUUUGUAGUAAACUGUGUGUGUGAUUUGUAGUAAACUGUGUGUGUGUGUGUGUGUGUGUG